AUGCCCGUCACCCCCCCAGUCGCGGCUGUUCGCGUGUGCAGCGGCGGUCGCUGUGGGGGGGAGAGGAAAAAGGGGAAGGGAGUGGCAGCGGAACGCUGUGGGGGGGAGAGGGAAAGGGGGAAGGGAGUGGCGGUGGAUCGUUGUGGGGGGGAAGAGGGCAAAGGGGAAGGGAGUGGCGGCGGAACGUCAGCGACGACCGCCAGCGCACCGGCGAUCGCGCCUCCAGCCGCGCUUGCGACUGCUACCGUGCUAGCUCGAGGUGGUGGGGGUGGCGGCCAGUGGGGAGGCAGCGGUGGAACCGCACCCCCAUCCGCUGCCACCACACCUCCUCCUCGUUUUCGCUGCCACUACUACUGCUGUGGGAGGGAGGUUCAGGGGGUGUGGGUGGUGAGAGUUCAACUGCAGCAUCAUCCGCCUCCUCCUCCCAUCCCCUGCCGCCCGUGCCUUGCUGUCCACCCGUGCUUCCGCCCGUGUUCCCCGUACUUGCCCCACCCGUUUCACCCGUGCUGUCCGUACCCGGUUGUGCCCCACCCGUUUCACCCGUGCUGUCCGUACCCGGUUGUGCCCCACCCAAUUCACCCGUGCUGUCCGUACCCGGUUGUGCCCCACCCGUUUCACCCGUGCUGUCCGUACCCGGUUGUGCCCCACCCGUUUCACCCGUGCUGUCCGUACCCGGUUGUGCCCCACCCGUUUCACCCUUGCUGUCCGUACCCGGUUGUGCCCCACCCGUUUCACCUGUGCGUCCCGUGCUUCCCGUGCUGCCCCCGUGCUCCUGUGCUGCCCCCGUGCUCCCGUGCUGCCCCCGUGUUCCCGUGCUGUCCCCGUGUUCCCGUGCUGCCCCCGUGUUCCCCUUCAAAGGGGGCCCCUUGCUGGUGUUCCCACGCCCUGUAA